AUGACUGACCGACUCUAUGGCAAAACAUGCAAUCUGCCACACUUCAAUGCCACGAUGCAAGGUCGCGUUCAAGAGCUCAAGCCAUUCUCCCUUCCCUGCUUUUCCAGUUACGAUGGACAAUCCGUGGGCCCAAACCGGGCAGCAUGCGCUGGUAUCCAGCAAGACUACUUCAAUCCCUGGGCGCGAACCAACAGUCCGAACGGGUACAUGAACAGUCAAGAUGAGAUGUGCUCUUCGGAGCCGUACAAUCAAUGCCUGCUAGAUGACAGCAACCCAGCCAAUCCGACGGCCUACACAAAUACAACAUGUCGCCAGGGCGACCUGCCUUCGCAUUACCUCGAGAUCCAGCGCGUCGAGGACGUGAUCGAAGCGUUCAAAUACGCCCACUGCUCGGGAACCAAGCUUUCUAUCAAGAACAGUGGUCAUGACUAUCUCGGCCGCAGCAGUGGGAAGGAUAGCCUGGCGCUAUGGACCCGUAAUUUGCGGUCGAUGAGCUACAGCCCAGACUUCGUCCCAUCCGGCUGCAGCGCCAAAUACAACGCCAUCACCGUCGGCGCCGGCGUCAACUUCGACGAGGUGUAUGCCUUCGCCGACAAACACAACGUCACUCUUGUCGGCGGCUAUGCAUCCACCGUUGGCGUUUCCGGUGGCUGGGUCCAGAACGGCGGGCACUCCAUCCUAUCGCCCGUCUACGGCCUGGGCAUUGACCGCGUCGUGGAUUAUAAAAUCGUAACCCCAGAUGGCCAGUAUCGCACUGCCAACGAGUGUCAGAACCCCGACCUGUUCUGGGCGUUGCGUGGCGGCGGCGGCGGCACCUUUGGCGUAGUCAUGGAGAGCACGCAUCGAGUCGAGCCUCAGAUCCAGCUCGUCGCAGCUAGUAUCAAGUUUCCCAAGUCGCCGACAAACGUCAUCCCGUUUCUGGACAUCGUCGUCAACCACACGCUUCAGUGGGCUGCAGAAGGUUGGGGAGGCCAUAUCACGGGCAAUACCCUGGUAAACGUGUCCCCGCUACUCUCGGUAAAGGAAGCCAAACAGUCCCUAGCUGAAGCGAUUGCUUACGCAAAGUCCCAGGGCGGCACCGCCGUCGUGGAGGAGUUUCCGUCCUGGUACCCGUUCUACGAGAAAUACGUGACGUCGGGCUCCGUCGGCGUCGGAGUCACGCAUUUUGUAGGCACCCGCCUUGUCCCCAAGGCUGUCUUCCAGACCGCAGAGGGUCGAAAAGACUUGAUGGAUUUUUUUGCGCUCCUCCUAGAUCAGGGCCAGUCCCCGUACAUUCCGGUCGUGGGCCCUGUUCUGUUUGACUACCCUGAAGGAUCCACGAGUGCUACGCCCGCCUGGCGCUCUGCUGUCUGGGAGCUGGGUGUGGGUGCUUCUUGGGCCUGGAACAGUACACUGCAGGAUAGGAGGGAGAAAAUCGCUACUAUGAAGGAUACGACGGCGUUUUUUGCGCGCAUCACACCGGGGAGUGGCGCGUAUGCAAAUGAGGCGAGCCCGUUCACUGAGGAUUGGAGGGAGGCUUGGUGGGGCGAUAACUAUGAGGAGCUGGUGAGUAUUAAAAAUAAGUAUGACCCUUUUGGUUUGUUGAGUUGUUGGAAGUGUGUUGGGUGGACGGAAAGUCAAGCUGAUAGCUCUUGUUUUUCUGCAUUUGUUUGAUUGUGAUGGACGGUAUGUAGAAUCCACUCUGAUAUGGCCUCUAUAUGAUAUAUGAUUCUACACAUCAAAUACAGAGAAAUAAACACUGAUCGGCAUGUCUCACAGCUAGAUACUUUGUGGAAAAGGCUCUAGACCACUGGUGAUCAAUAUGCU